CCCAUUUCCGCUUUAAAACAGGAAGUUGUAUUCUUGUAACAACGGGGCAUUGAUUUCUCUCACAACAAUAAAAGGACACGAGUUCGGCGACUAAAAACUGUAUGAAAAGCCUCACAUAAACGCUAGUAAACCCUGCGUUUUUAAAGUAAAUACCUCAGGCAGCCAUGCUGUCGGACGCAGACUAUUCUGGGAAUGCCUCUGGUGCUCGACGAGCCAAGAAGCGGAGCUCGGGGGAGUCUACGGGGGACGGCCAGGCCCUGCGCUCCUCUGGGAGGCAGAUUAACGUCCGGGUGAAGCGCACCAACAACCCUCCACCUGGACAGAGCAAAAGAAAAGCCACAGACACUGAGGAAGAAGACGACCAGUCUGAGAAGAAGUACAGAAAAUGUGAGAAGGCUGGAUGCUCAGCUACAUAUCCCGUUUGCUUUGCAAGUGCAUCUGAAAGGUGUGCUAAAAAUGGAUACACCUCUCGCUGGUAUCAUCUAUCAUGUGGUGAACAUUUUUGCAAUGAAUGUUUUGAUCAUUACUACAGAAGUCACAAAGAUGGCUAUGAGAUCUUUGCUUCAUGGAAGAAGGUGUGGACCAGUAAUGGGAAAAGUGAGCCCAGUCUUAAAGCUUUCAUGGCAGAUCAGCAACUACCAUACUGGGUUCAGUGUACUAAACAUGACUGUAGGAAGUGGCGUCAGCUGACCAAGGAGAUCCAACUCACUGCUACCCUAGCAGCAACGUAUCGCUGUGGAAUGAAGUUUGGCAACAUUAAAGGUGAGGGACUGGACCAGUGCUCCCAACCAGAGGACUUGAGAGUGGCCGAGGUGACUGACAGCUGGUGGCAUUCAAUGCUAAUUUUACCGCCUUUAUUCAAAGAAAGCCCAGCCAGCCCUUUCCUUGCUGCCUACUAUCCCGACUGUGUGGGAAUGAGUCCAUCCAGCUCCCUCAGUAAUGUGUCUCCAGCUGAGCUGAGAGCAGAUCACUGCAGAGCUGCACAGCCACAAAUUCCAGGUCUAUGUCCAUACUUCCAGCCCUUCUACCAGCCUAAUGAGUGUGGCAAGGCUCUGUGUGUGCGGCCAGAUAUGAUGGAGCUGGAUGAGCUUUAUGAGUUUCCAGAAUUUUCGCGUGAUCCCACCAUGUAUCUGGCCUUGCGUAACCUCAUUCUGGCCUCCUGGCACAAGAACUGCAAGGAGGUGCUGACUGCUCAGAAAUGUGCACUACACAUCAUUGUCCGGGGGUUGGUGCGUGUGCGCUGCGUGCAGGAAAUGGACCGGGUACUCAACUUCAUGACCAGGAAGGGCCUCAUCAACACCGGUGUGCUGGCAGUCACACGGCCUCUCCUCCCAGAAAGAUUUCACUCUAAGAACGUCAUCAUCAUUGGUGCUGGGGCUUCAGGGCUGGCUGCUGCACGGCAGCUGCAAAACUUUGGCACUCAGGUGGUGGUGCUUGAGGCAAGGGAGAGAAUUGGAGGUCGGGUGUGGGAUGAUACUUCUCUCGGCGUCACUGUAGGUCAAGGAGCUCAAAUUGUCAAUGGCUGUGUAAACAACCCCAUCGCCCUGAUGUGUGAGCAGAUGGGCAUCAAGAUGCACAAGUUGGGAGAGCGGUGUGACCUCUUUCAGGAGGGAGGACAAGUUACUGACCCAGCCAUUGACAAGCGCAUGGACUUCCACUUUAACGCCAUCCUGGAUGUGGUGUCGGAAUGGAGGAAGGACAAGUCCCAGAACCAGGACACACCACUGGGAGAGAAAGUACAGGAAGUGAAGAAGAACUUUCUUCAUGAGUCUGGGAUCCAGUUUAGUGAGUUAGAGGAGAAAGUACUUCAGUUUCAUCUCAGCAACCUGGAGUUUGCCUGUGGAAGCACAUUAGACCAGGUGUCAGCAAGGUCCUGGGACCACAAUGAGUUUUUUGCCCAGUUCUCAGGAGAUCACACUUUACUCACCAAGGGCUACUCUGUUUUACUCCACAAACUUGCCGAGGGCCUUGACAUCCGCACAAAGUGUCAGGUUCAGGCUAUUGACUACUCAGGUGAUCUUGUCAAAGUUGCCUCCUCCAGUGGGUCCCAGUGGACAGCACAGAAGGUUCUUGUUACAGUCCCAUUGACUUUACUUCAGAAGAACUUGAUUCAGUUCAACCCUCCGCUUCCUGAAAAGAAACUCAAAGCAAUCCACAGUCUGGGAGCUGGUAUAAUAGAAAAGAUUGCUCUUCAGUUCCCAUACAGGUUCUGGGACAACAAAAUCCAAGGGGCAGACUACUUUGGUCACAUCCCACCAGGUUCUGACAAGAGAGGCAUGUUCAGUGUCUUCUACGACAUGGAUCCACAGGGAAAGCAGGCUGUCCUCAUGUCAGUUAUCACUGGUGAUGCUGUACCUGCUGUCCGGGUCAUGGAAGACAAGGAGGUGGUAGACGAGUGUGUGAAGGUUCUACGUGAACUUUUCAAGGAGCAGGAGGUCCCAGAGCCGCUGCACUUCUUUGUCACACAUUGGAGCAAAGACAGGUGGUCCCAGAUGUCUUACAGCUUUGUGAAGACAGGAGGCAGCGGAGAGGCCUACGACAUCCUUGCUGAAGACGUGCAAGGGAAAGUUUUCUUUGCUGGCGAGGCCACCAACAGACACUUCCCUCAGACUGUGACAGGAGCCUACCUCAGCGGGGUCCGAGAGGCCAGCAAGAUGGCUGCUAUGUAAUCUCUGUCAAUCCCAAAGCACUAAGAAUCACCAGCAUGGACACAUGGGCUGCACUGAGCAACAAACUAUUUACAUUUGUGUUACCUGAAUUGCACCUC